CAGUGCGCCGCUCUCUGUGCUCACAGGGAGCAGGAACCAGGGAUUUGGUUUAUUGGGAUCGAACACCUGGAUUACCAAGCGACAUCUGUAUUUGUCUUUAUUUCUUACUUUUUGUUCUGACUUGUGGGCUUUGAGGAAACUGAGAUGAUGUCUCGGGCUCCGGAUGAUGUGAGCAAGCUGACUGAAACUACAUACAAGAAUGUGAUGGAGCAGUUCAACCCGGGCCUGAGGAAUCUGGUCAACCUCGGGAAGAACUAUGAGAAAUCCGUCACAGCGAUGACUCUAGCUGGGAAGGCCUAUUUUGAUGCAUUGUCAAAGGUCGGAGAGACUGCUAUCGUGUCUCCAGUCUCCAGAGAGCUCGGUGUGGUUCUGAUGGAGAUCUCAGAGGCCCACAGGAAGGUCUACAAUGAAAUGGAAGAGAACUUCAAGACGUUCCACAGAGAGAUUAUUCUAGAGCUGGAGAAGAAGACAGACAUGGAUGUGAAAUACAUGAAUGCCACGUUCAAGCGCUACCAGUCGGAGCACAAGGUGAAGCAGGACUCCCUGGAGCGCUCGCAGACGGACCUGAAGAAGCUCCGGAAGAAAAGCCAGGGGAAGCACUCGUCCAAGUACGAGAUCAAAGAGAACGAGUAUGUGGAGACCAUUUCGUCGCGCCAGAUGGACAUGCAGAAGUUCAUCGCUCAUGGCUGCAGAGAGGCCCUAAUAGAAGAAAAGAGACGCUUCUGCUUCCUGGUGGACAAACAUUGCAUGUUCUCCUAUCAAAUCAGCAACUUCCAUGAGAAAGCCAAAGAGAUGCUGACUGUGCAGCUCCCCAGCUGGCAGGAAAAGUGCAGUGAAAUCACCGACGUGCCGGACACGGUGACCACCAUGAUAGAGGAGUUGUCCCCCGCUCCAACGCCAAUGCCUCUGGUUGAACAUUACAACAGGAACAACGUGGAGUCAAGGGUGCCUCCUCCAGCCCCGCAACUGAAGGCCCAGAUCAGUCCGCUUGCCAACAUGUUCAACCCAGAGCGCCAGAUUCCCUUCAGCCCCACGUCAGACCACAACUCAGAAUCUCCUCCAGACCAGGGCAGUCUCGGAGAGGUCAGCCUGUCCAGCCUGUCUACGUCCCAGUCGUCCGGUCUCAACGUGGGCAGGAGGCCCAGAGUUAGGACCAUCUUCCCCCACACGGCGGGCAACAACGAAACGCUCCUCAGCUUCGAAGAGGGCGAUACCAUCACCCUGCUCAUCCAGGAGGAGAAGGACGGAUGGUUGUACGGAGAGCUGGAGAAGACACAGCAGCGGGGCUGGUUUCCCUCAUCUUACUGCAGACAUACUGAACCGGUGAUAUCCAACAGCAAUCUCGGCACGCCGGUGCGGAGUCCGAGUGUGGCCAGCCUGCAGGAGCAGGACGAGGAGGAGCCGGUGUUGCUGCCGCCGGCAGAUUACGGCGACGGCUCCUUUUCUCGCCCGGCGGCCUUUUCGACGCCCUCGCCACAGAACAAGGUUUCUUUAGUCAAUGGGACCGCAACGCCUUCCUUUCUAGGAGGAGGGAAUCCAUUCGCCACAAUCAAGCUGAGACCGACAGUCACCAAUGACAGAUCAGCACCGAACGUCUAGCACAUCAGACGAGGAUUGUUCACCGCUGUCAUGCCUUUCAGGGGGGGGGGGGGUCAUUGCGAUAUUUGACCCCUGCGACACACUUAAUAUCCCCCCGACCCGUCAUCUCACCGGCCUGCAUGCUUGUCUCGCUCUCAGUACCAGUCUGCUCUAUUAAAGGAACCCAUUAUUUCUUGGCACACGUGUGUCUGACUGCGCCAGCGCGUGUGUUCUACACGAGCAACGACAAGGAAAUAUUGCAAUCGACACACACACGAAGAAGCCGGAAUUCAAAUAUUCUUUUGUAAGGCAAAUAUUUUGCUUUCAAAACUAAGAAUUCACCCCAAAAAGAAAAUGUUGAUGAGCCACCACACCAUGAUAACGACCUACUGCAGUGUAUAGAUGGGUAGUUACUGACUGUAAAUACUUUGAAUGGGGCCAGGAUAAAGCUAUUGGGGCUCAUUGUGCAUCUGAUGGUCCCACACACACCGAUGGAAUUUCUACUGACGCGCUAACAAGGAGAUGAAACCCGAAAAGAGACACUCAGACAGCGUUUUCAUAGAGAAUGAAGAGAUCCAGAUUGACUCAAUGCUGCCAAGGAAGACCAGCAUCCAGGCCGCCCUCCCUGACUUGCCAAGAAUAUAUCAUCAUUUCUGUUUUUGUCAUAAUUAUUUGUGUCUUUUCUUUUCUUAAGAGGCAUUAUGAUAUAGAAAGGUUGUGAGAAUGAAGGGAGAGUGACCGUGUUGGGGGAAAGGGGGUUUGUCAUUCGAGUAGUAAGGCUAUUUAUAGACACUUUGUAUGAUAUUUAAAUAGAAGAUAUGUGUGGAGUAGUCCAUUCUGUGAUUAAUUUAAUAUUCUUUUGAAUACGAUAGCCACCGUGCUCAUGAUCUGAAGAUUAUUUUAACCUGACUGCUGUAUUUUAAAUGGGCAAUGACCUUUUUUCACUCCUCAUGGUUUCACUGAUUGUUUAAGGUGGAUUCUGUGUACGAUGCACAGCUUAUACAAAAUAAAAAUCGACCUUACUGGGAGACACAUUGCAUUGUAUGAAUAAAGUGGUUUGUUGUUUUUAAAGUAUUAACUGUUUUGUAAAACACUUUGUUUUUAUGUUUUUGCUUGACAAGAAUGUAAACGUGUGAUGAGGAAGUGACGAUGAAACCGUUGAUUGAUCCUCGUAGACCCACGAGUGUGUGUAAGUGAAGCCAUCAUAGUUAUUGCCUCUGUGUUGUCUUUUUCUCUCAAUAAAACAAGGUAGAGUAAAAGUUG